AAUACCGUGUGGACGUUAGUUGGUGGAAAAAUUACGCGGUGGACAUAUAUUAAAGCAACAAAAAAAUGGAAGUAAAAUUCAUGUACACUAAACAAAAUCCGCAAGAAACAGCAAAUCCAAUUAGUCGAUUACUUUUUGGAUGGAUGAAGGACAUAUUCAUGAAUGGUACUAAAAGGGAUCUCACGUUAUCAGAUCUAUAUCAGCCCUUAAAAUCAGAUACAUCCAAAACAGUCACGGAUCGAUUACAAGAAUUCUGGAACCAGGAACUUCAAAAAUGGGAACAAAAGGAGAAAGAAACGCAUCAUUACACUCAAUCAAGCAAAGGCAACGACUCUCCUCGUUUAGAAAGAGCUUUGAUUCGUACAUUUUGGAAAGAAUAUAUCUGCAUUGGCCUCCUAUUCUCACUUCAAUUCACAAUUCUAAUUGUAUUGAGCCCAAUUAUAGUGUCGUGGAUUAUCACCUAUUUCAGAAUCAGUAAUGACAUCAAACCCAUCACAAAAAAUGAAGUUUUAACUUAUGUUGGUUAUCUAAUAACGUGCCUAGUAAUUUCAGUGUUUAUUUUGCAUCAUUCUACUCUACUAUCACGAAAGAUAGGCAUGAAGAUGAGGAUCGCUUGUUGCUCGUUAAUUUAUAGAAAAAUAGUAAGGCUUAGUAAAAAUUCCUUGUCUCAAAUCAGUUCUGGUCAGGUGGUAAAUCUUCUCAGCAACGAUGUCAGUCGCUUCGACGAAUUAACUUAUUAUUUAAACUUUCUCUGGAUAACGCCCAUUCAACUUACCGUCGUGACCGUGAUAAUGUGGCACAAAAUAGGAGUUCCAAGUAUAAUUGGUAUCGGAGCUCUUUUGCUAAUGACUCUUCCGACUCAUUUUGUAUUUCUUGCGAUGACCCGACGAUUUAGGAAAGUUGCCGCUUUCUUCAUGGAUAAAAGAAUGCAGCAUAUGAAUGAACUUAUAAGUGGUAUUCAGGUAAUCAAAAUGUACGCCUGGGAAAAACCAUUUGAGAAGAUCGUUACAGCUGCACGUUCCAUUGAAAUCAAGAAAAUAAGAAAUACUUCAUACAUUCGUGCAGUAUAUCUGGCCCUUAUGGUUUUUACAAAUCGUAUAAUUCUGUUUCUAACUCUCUUAUCGUACGUUCUACUGGGAUACGAUCUACGGCCAGAAAUAACGUUCAUGUUGUCUAGCUACUUCGAGAUCCUUCAGCUCACAACCACGCUAUUCUUUCCUCAAGCUCUUCUAAUGGCUGGAGAAACAUUGGUGUCCAUUAAAAGAUUAGAAAAAUUUUUAUUAUUAGAAGAACGAUCAAAUGAAGGAAGGAUGCUCGGCCAAACUCAUCCAAGCGGAGUCUUAAAGUUUAAGAGAAGAAAGGCAAAGGAAGAAAAUGUAGAAUCUAUUAGAAUAAUGAAUGGAAACCAAAAUUUGAAUUUAAACAAUGUUGAUGAACAAGUACAAGUUUCGAUAGUAUUGGAACGAGUAUCGGCGAACUGGGUGCCCAAGCAACUGCCGCCCACUUUGUGUAACAUUUCUAUGAAGAUUGAAAAUGGGGAAUUGUGUGCUUUGGUGGGCCCAGUAGGCUCAGGAAAAUCUUCGAUUUUACAGCUUCUAUUAAAGGAACUUCCUUUGGGAGCUGGAAGGGUAAAACUAUAUGGUAAACCAUUUCAAGAUGUUGAUUACGACAAAGAAGGGUACGCGACAAAUAUUCCGAAUUUGAGGAUUUCUUACGCCAGUCAAGAAGCUUGGCUUUUCUCUGGAUCUGUUAGAGACAAUAUUCUCUUUGGACAACCUUAUGACAAGGACAGAUACAUGGCUGUAACGAGAGCUUGUGCUCUCACAAAAGAUUUUCAGCAACUCCCUUAUGGUGACAUGAGCAAUGUAGGAGAAAGCGGGUCCUCUUUAUCCGGAGGACAAAAGGCGCGAAUAAAUCUGGCACGAGCCGUUUACAGAAAAGCGGAUAUCUAUUUAUUAGACGAUCCUUUGAGCGCAGUGGAUUCACAUGUGGCUAAACAUCUCUUCCACAGGUGUAUCAAAAACUACCUUCAUGGAACGACCAGAAUUUUGGUCACCCAUCAAUUGCAAUUUAUCAAACAGACGGACACCAUUGCAGUAUUGGAUCGUGGUUGCAUAAGCAUGUAUGGAACGUAUGCAGAAUUAUCCAAAUUUAACGAAAACUUUGUAAAUAUGAUGAAUCGCAUUAAAACAUCAACGGAAGCUAGAAAAGAGAGUGAAAUUGUAGAAGCUUCUGAGAACUCCUUUGCGGAGAAGAGACCCAGUAGAAGUGGUAUCCGUAGAUUGUCUUCUGUAGUAUCCACUAACAGUAGCGUGGUUUCCUACAACUAUGAAGACAAAACAUCAGCGCCAGAUAAUGAUGAAGCCAUGGCAUCAGGUCGUGUCUCCAACAAAGUUUACAAGAAAUACUUUCAAUACGGUGGCUCCAUUUAUGCACUACUCACUUUAUUAUUUACCUUAAUUAUAUCCCAAGUAGCAACUAGUGGAAACGAUUAUUGGGUGUCCUAUUGGACGAACCUUGAAAUCAUAAGAAAUUCCUUAAAUGGAAGCCAACCAUUUAAACCUCAGUAUUCGGUUUACUUAAUGAAUAACACGAUACUGUCGCAUGUGUUCACUUUGGACAAAUAUGGUCUCUUAACUACAUCUAACGCUAUAUAUGUGUAUACCUUUUGCAUCAUAGCCUGCAUUGUGACAAUAUUCGCUAGGAAUAUAUCCUUCAUGAAGAUUUGCAUGAACGCUAGUAAAAAUCUUCACGACAUGAUGUUCUCUAACAUAUUGCAAGCGACGAUGACCUUUUUCCAUCGUAACGCUUCUGGAAGGAUUUUAAAUAGAUUUUCCAAGGAUAUGGGUUCCAUGGAUGAAAUAUUGCCGAAGGUGAUGUUAGAGACCAUCCAAGUAUUCCUUGUGAUAAUCGGCAUUAAUUUCAUGGUAGUAGCCAUGAAUUAUUGGAUGCUCAUUCCACUAACGGUAUUUCUUAUUCUAUUUUAUUUUACAAGGAAUACGUAUCUAAGAACCGCUCAAAGUAUGAAGCGUCUUGAGGGUAUAGCAAAGAGUCCAAUAUUCUCCCAUGUAAACGCUACAUUAAAUGGAUUGACCACUAUCAGAAGCAGUGGUUCGAAUAUCGUGGAGUUAGUGCAAAAACAGUUCGACGAUUUACAAGAUGUGCAUACAGGUGCAUGGUGCAUGACCAUAAGCAUCCCCGAAACUUUUGGACUGUAUAUAGAUUUUGUCGCGAUAAUGUUCGUUGCGUGUGUCUGCUUGUCUUUUAUCCUAGUGGAUACAGGUAACGUCCUUGGUGGUAACGUUGGUUUAGCUAUAUCGCAGUCGUUAAUUAUAGUUGGCACUUUGCAACACGGGAUGAGACAAAGUGGCGAAAUGAUAGCUUACAUAACAUCUGUAGAGAGGAUCUUACAAUAUAUUAAUUUGCCUAAGGAAGAUCCAUGGACCAGCGACAAUCCACCACCAGCAGAUUGGCCAAAACAUGGACAAUUGGAUCUGAAGAAUGUUAGCAUGAAAUAUGACGAAGAUGAAACUCCUGUAUUAAAGAACUUAAAUUUGACGAUAGAAGCGGGAUGGAAAGUUGGUGUCGUAGGUAGAACUGGCGCAGGGAAAUCGUCUUUAAUAUCAGCGCUUUUCCGGCUAUUUGCCGCAGGAUUGCAAGGAGAGAUUAAAAUUGAUGGGAGAGAUAGUAGUACAUUAGGUUUGCAUGAGUUACGUUCGCGAAUAUCGAUUAUUCCUCAACACCCAUUUUUGUUCUCCGAAUCAUUGCGUUACAAUCUGGACCCAUCUCAUAUUUAUAAUGACGUGCUACUAUGGGAUAGUCUUCGACAGGUCGAAUUGAACAACCUUGUACUGGACCAAAGGGUAAUGAAUGGCGGAAGUAAUUUGAGUAUUGGACAGAGGCAGUUGAUAUGCUUGGCUAGAGCAAUUUUAAGAAACAACCGAAUAUUAGUCUUGGAUGAGGCUACAGCUAAUAUCGAUACGCACACGGAUGAACUAAUUCAAAAAACCAUAAGGACGAGAUUUGCUGACUGUACUGUCAUUACAAUUGCUCAUCGUCUGCAUACUAUUAUUGAUAGUGACAGAAUUAUAGUAAUGGACAACGGUUACAUAGCGGAAUUCGGUUGUCCUCAUGAAUUAUUACGAGACAAGCCCGAAGGAAUUUUCUCCAAAAUGGUAAACAACACAGGAGUAACUAUGGCACAAUCUCUUCGGGAGCAAGCACACCUGGCUUAUUUAAAGAACACUAGAGAAAUAAGUUUGGAAGACGAUACGACAAAUAUAAUCGCGCAGAGCUCUCUUUGAAAAGUCUCAAAAUUAAAAAAUCUCGUGAUGUAAGAAAUACAUAUAAUGCAAUGAUUAGGGUAGAUAAUUAAAGACUAUUUGAAAUUUCUCGUAUUUAUUUAAAAUUGAAAGUAUCGAUACAAACGUGUGCUCAAGGAAAAUCAAUAAUUCUUUCUUCUCUUCGCACUUAUAUUCCUCGCCUCUGCAUUUCACCACAAUCACUUCGUCGUUAGAGUAACAGUUUAUGAACUGUAAUUGCAUCAUCGAUAUAAUGACAUAGAGUUUCAAGAAAAUGAAUUGGAGAAACAUGAUUGCGUAAAUGUGAAUUAAUAAAGAUUAAAAUACAUUUCUGCAAAGAA